GACACCUUACGUUCUUUUCAUUUUCGGAUUUAUCUUGAAAAACGUUUAAGAAAUGAAGCUGGUUUGGUGUCCCGAGACAGCAGCCAAGGCUUAUAUUGAUACUGUUGAACUUUGUGGUGUUUGUAAUGAUUCUGGUAUAGCGGAGCUUGUUUCGUCAAUGGCUGCAGGGUGGAAUGUGAGCUUCAUUGUGGAGGCGCGGUCGCACGGUGGAGGUACCGCGACAAGCAUCGGUUUAGCUGUUGCUUGUAGACAUACAAAUGGAAGACAUGUAUGUAUAGUUCCGGAUGAAAGAUCGAGACUAGAAUACGUUAAAGUCCUGGAAGUGGCCGGCAUGUCACCGGAAGUGAUUGUUGGCGAGCCUGAGGAGCUAAUGAGUGAAUUAAACGGCAUAGAUUUCCUGGUGGUGGAUAGUCAGCAAAAUCGCUUUUCCAGGGUAUUGAAGCUAGCAAAGCUUAAUAACAAGGGGGCAGUUAUGGUAUGCAAGAACACUAAUCCCAGAAGUACCUCAAGUUUCAGUUGGAGAAAUGUUGUCGAUGAUGGAUCAUAUCGGCUCAUACGUUCCAUCUUUCUUCCGGUAGGGGAAGGAUUGGAUAUAGCACAUAUAGGGACCUGUGGUGGAAAUUCGAGUUCAAGUGAAGGUAAAAGGCGGUGGAUCAAGCAUGUCAAUCGACAAACGGGGGAAGAAUUUGCCAUACGAAAGUAAAAUAAUGUCCAAUUACUCCUCUUGAAAAAGAGACCAUUCAUUCAUUUGUUGAAUUGUAUUUAGAUUCUUGAUUCUUAACAUGAUGAGAGAUUUUAGACCUUAGAACAUUCAUAUUUACUUCAUUGAAUAAAUCACUAAUGGUUUCCAUGCAAAAAUUUUGGUGUGUAAUGUCUAUAACAAUGAUGUGUCUCGGUAGCCUAUGUUGGAUAUAUGGUUAUAUUAAAUCAAGAGAUGGUAGGUCUUUUGCCUAACCAUGAAUAACUUUUAAGGACGAAAUACUCCUUCAAGCUCCGUUCCAGCCACCUACUUCUGGACUAAGAUUCAAUGAUCUUCAGACACUAUGAACUUUGAUGAGUUGUGACACCACAUUUUAGUCCCAACUGUCCCGGCUUCUUCGAAAUGCUUUCUUGUCUGAAAGGA